AAAUAAACCCUCAUAUUAACGACCCUGAGAAAAAAACGCGAAGGCAUCACUAACCGUUAUUUAAAGAUUAAAAAACCGUUCGGAUUUGUAUGACGUUUUCAGUACUUUUUAAGUUGUUUUCGGGAGAAAGUGGAGACCGACACGGAGGAUAAGGUGUGAAAUUAAGAGGAGAAGGUGUAAAGUAAAGAGAAACGGUGUGAAGUAAAACUAUGGACGCCAGAGACAAGCGGUUGGAUCCCGUCAGUAACUUCACUCUCACAGGCUUCGGGUUGGAGCAGGAACCAUGGCGGGAGUUUGCCUCAGGGGAGGAGAGCCGAGUGAUCCUCAACAGCUUCUUCAACACUCAGGACUACACUCACCUGUUCAUCCAUCACGAUGACGGGGGACAACUCCACAUCGGCCUCGACUACCCUCAAAAUGUCCAAACUAAAGUCAUCUACAUCUCCAAGACGGGUCAAGAAGUGGUCACGAAAGAAAAUGGUCAAAAUAUUUUAAUAAUCCAAGAAGUUCAGGGAGGAGACGCCAAGACCUUUACAAUCGCUGCCUGUGAGGAGGUGACCUUCCCGUUGCUUAGCAACCCGGGGACGAGCAGAAGCAGUGCAGUGGGAUUAGCUGAGGAGGCUCUGAGGUUCAUGGAGAGACAGAGGAACGAGGCUCUGGCGAUAAAGGCUCAGAUAGAGGGACGCACCUUUCUGCCUUAUUCCGAUGCUUUCCGUGACAAACGUUUCCAUGACAACGCACUCCACGACGACAGCUACCAAGGCGACACUGAAGGGCGGAAAUGGUUGGAGCUCCUCCACGUCUGUGAUUCCACCAUCAUAGAGUGGGUGAAGCUGGUGUCAGAGGUCCUGCAGCAGGACUCGUCUCAGAUGGUUCUGGAUGGUCUGGAGCCUCUUCCUUCAGCAGAGUUUAACUUCUGGAGGAGCAGACUGAGGAACCUGCACUUCAUCCAGCAGCAGCUGAAGAGUAGCAGAGCUCAGCAGGUGUUGUCCAUCGCUCAGAGAGCAGAGAGCGUCUACUUGUCCAGUCUGAGGGACCUUCACACAGACGUUCAGAAAGGUCUAGAUGAGGCUGAAGACAUCACCAGGAACCUGACACCUGUCCAGGAGAAGCUGGAGGAGCUGCAGCAGAUGGAGUACCAGCAGCUGGGGGACAACAUGGCUGCCGUGAUGGAGGAGGUGCGACUGGUGUGGAUCAGGUCUGUGUUCUACUGUAGACCCUGUAGAGUUGUGGUCCUGCUGCAGGAGAUCUGCACUCUGUUGAUACAGAUGGUAAGACACACAGGUAGACUCACACACACACAAACACAUAGACACACACAUCACAUGCUGUCGAUGCCCCCCUCUCCACCCCUCCUGCAGAGCAGGAGCUUCCUGCUUGGGGAGGACCUGAUGAGACCUCUGGGGUCAGAACCUGGUGAGAAGAUGGAUGAUAUCACUCUGGUGAUCUGGACCCUGAAGAGCCUCAAAGAGGCCUUCAGGCUUUGCAGAACCCAGCUGGAGGACCACAGACGGGACGGAGACACUCUGAGCUGGGACUUUCCUUCACAACUGGUCUUCUUCAGGCUGGACCACUUCCUGCUCCACCUGCAGGGCAUCCAGGAGGUGUUCAGGGUCAGUCUGCAGCUGCAUCAGUUGGAGUGUACGGUGCUGUCUGGUGUUGGAGGCCGGAUGUGGACCGAUGUGGUCCAGGAGGUAUAUCAAGACUUCCUGUGUCACGUGACAGUUAUGUGUGACCUCACCUGUGACCCCACCGACCCUGACGACCAGAGCUUCCUCAAGCACCUGAGUCAGUUCUGGGUUCAGGUGUCAGACCUGGAGAGACGGCUGGUGUCGGUCCUCAGCAGAGCCUUUGAGGACUGCUGCGUCUCCUCCUCCGCAGCAGCAGCAGCAGCAGCAGCGAAGCUGGUGAAGAUGUUUGGGUUCAUCCUGGACCGUCCUCUGAUCCAUGAUCAGCUGCGUCCUCACCUGGUCCGCCUGGAGGAGAUGGUCCUGGAGGAGCUGGAUCAGAUCGAGCUGCUGUUCUUCAGUCAGAGAGAAGAGUCAGACACAUUCUGCAUGUUCACUCCGUCUCAUGCAGCCCGACUCUGCUGGAGCCAGCAGCUCAGACUGAGAGCUGAGACCACGCUGAAGCACCUCAGGACUCUCCAGCAGCUGGACCUGGAUUCAGGUGCCUCCAAGCUGGUUCUACAGAGGUUCAAUCACAUUGAGGACCUUCUGCGGGACUUUGGGGAUGGACUGAGGUCCAGUUGGAGUUCUCUGCUGGACUCCGACUCUGAAUUCAUCCUGGAGCAACCUGUCAUACAGAACAACCAGCAAGGCAUGCUGGUUGUUAACUGCAGCAACAAGCUGCAGGUGGUGUUGAGGGAGCUCAGGUAUGUCAGCAGGAAGACAGCCGUAGAGCUCCGCCCUUAUGCUGCUCGACUCUUCACCUGCAGAGAUGACAUCACAAGGAGCUACCUGAGCCUGAGUCACAUGGUGUCCUGUUACAAUCAGGUGGUGAGUGGCGUCUUUCCGGCGGAGCUUUCUCUGAUCCAGGAUCAGCUGCAGGACCUGCACCUGAACCAGAAUCUAUCAGAUCUGCAGAGAUACACCUGGGGCAGUGAAGGUUUGCAGCAGCAGGUUGAGCAGAACAGAGACGCGGUGUUGCUCCUCCACUCCACAGUGAGCCAGGCCAGAGCCAACAUGGACGCCAUGACACGCAUCAUACAGGGCUGGGCGGAGCUUGACCUCCUGCAGCGCUCAGGUGAGUCCCUGCUGGAGGUUGGAGAUAUGGAGCAGAGCUACAGACACAUCAGAGAGGAGGGCGAGGAGCUGCUCAGGUUAACACAGCUGAACAGGAGCCUGUACGGAGCUGAAGACUCCUCCAAGUCCUGGGUCAUGUAUCUGGACCACCUUGAUGACAAAGUCCAGGAUGGACUGUUCCAGCUGGUGCUCCGAUCCCUGCACUUCCUGUUGGACAACAUGAAGCCGCAGAGCUGCUGUGCAUUUGUCACAGUCAGUCUGCAGCUGCAGGAAACAGGAAGUGUGUUUGAGCCAUCAGUGGGCGUCGGCCUCUCUGACCUCCUGCAGACCAUCAUCUCUGACAUUUACACAGCCGCCAGUCUGCCACUGAGGAUCUCUGUGAGUCGCCACAGCAACUACCAGGUUUCCCUGCAGCAGAGUUCGGAUCUCUCUGCAUUGGAACAGGAAGUGAAGAAUUGCCUGCUGCAGGUGAAGGAGGAGGCGGAGCUUCUGUUGACGAGGCUGGACAGGUACUCGUACCUUUGGCUGAGCGACAGGAAGCGGGUGAUGCAGGAGUUUCUGACCUACAGUAGACAGCUGGGACCUGAGGAGCUGGAGGCAGUGAAGACCCCGCCCACCCUAACUGACUUCCAGAGAGAGAUCAAUUCUCUCAACACACUGAGGGAAGAGGUGACUCACUUGGAUGAUGUCAUCCUUCUGCACAGCUGGCUGCAGGUGGAUCAACGAGCCUUCAGGGACUCGCUGCUGUCGCUUGUCCACAAAUGGAGACACCUGUACACAGAUUACCUGCUGGACUCAGUCAGUGACAGUCUGCAGCAGGUGACGCCCCAUUGUGAUGAUGAUGUAGAGUCUGCAUCUUCGUCCAGCUUCCGGCUUUCAGAAACCAUCAUCCUGCUGGAAGCUGCAGGAGUCCAGCUGCCUGAUCACCUGUCAGCUCAGCUACAGUGUUGAUCUCGAGGAGGAAACACCUGGACCACGCGAGGCAUCGAGAUGAUUAAAAGUUCACUUCUGAUGACCAAUUGGUGUCCCUGCAUUAGUUUGUAGCAAGUAACCUCAGUCCAGAUGUUCAAUGUCUGCACCCUGUCAGACGUCUCUGUGACAGACUGGAGCCUCACUGACAUCCAUCUUUGGGCGCAGCACUUCGUCACAAUGUAGUGACGUACAUGUUGUCUUUGCAAUAGGAAUCAGAUGGACCCUCAUAAUAAGCCCAGUAAAAGUAAUAGAGGUGCUUUAGUCAGGUUACGUGUGGGUCAAUAUAUAAUAACUCAAAAUGUGCUCUAUCAAAUUGCA